CUCAGAAGGGGAAAAAUAAUUGGGAUGUGCGUACAGCUUUUGUGAAUCAUCCUCAGAAUGGCUUAUAAGUGUCCCUUCAUCGGAGAGUGAGGGCAGUGAGUGGCACAGGUAGAGACCAUAUUUUGAUUCAGUAUGUCGGGGACAGAAAGCAAGGUCGAGUUCACCAUAAGUGAGAUGGUGGAAUCUGCAGCUGGAAAGGAACCCAUGAGGAAGAGCACUCGCAUCUUCGAGCAGUAUUUGCAGCCCUGCCUGGCCGAGCUGUACGGGACGACCCUGUUUGUGUUUGUGGGGUGUGCGUCUGUUAUGGGGAACAUUGGAGCCUUCGGAGUCAUUCAGCCUGCGAUUGCUCAUGGACUGGCACUGGCCGUGCUCAUCAUGCUGUUUGGGAAAAUUAGCGGCGGGCACUUUAACCCUGUGGUGUCGGUGAGUGUUUACCUGUGUGGAGGGAUGAAGCUCGCCCUGCUGCUGCCUUACAUCCUCGCCCAGAUGUUAGGAAGCGUGCUCGGGGCGGCUCUUACCAUGGGCGUAUUUCCUGAUAUCACGUAUAAUGCUGCCUCCGGAGGAUCCUUUGUCUUGCCCCUGACCGCUGAUCUGGCUAAAAUCACUCUGGCCGAGACGAUAAUGACGUUGUUCCUCACAUUGGUGGUCUGCAUGGGGGCCAUCAACAAGAAAACCAGCACCUCAUUGGUUGCAUUCUGCAUCGGCCUCACUGUGAGCGCAAACAUAUUGGCAGGUGGGGGGCUUUCUGGAGCCUGUAUGAACCCAGCCCGAGCCUUCGGUCCUGCAGCGAUCGCAAACCAGUGGAGCGCUCACUGGGUCUUCUGGGUAGGACCCUUAUGUGGAGCACUGAUCAACGUCACCUUAGUCAGGUUGCUGCUUGGUGACCAGAUUACCCGAGUUUGGCUGAAGUAAAUGUGCAAUGUAUUGAAGAGGACGACGAAGGACAUCCAAACAUAUGAACAUUUUAUUUAAAUUUGGAUUUUUACACACCUUAAUCAUUUGACUGUAAUAUAUUUAAAUUUGUCUGCAAAAUGUGAAGUAUUUGCCCUUGACCCGGCCAUAAGUGAAAGACAAUAUAAUAACUGAAAGACAUGUUUGUAUUUCAAGAUUCAAUAAAGUGUUUGAUGAUGCGAUAGUGA